AUGAGAAUUCCCAGAAGGAGUGCAGCUUUCAAUGUGACCAUUAAGAGUGACCACCGGGGCAGCUGCCAGGGCACCCACGUGAUCCAGGCCUGUGUGGGCUACUGCGAGUCAAGCGCCUUCCCCUCCAAAUACUCCGUCCUCCUGGCCAGCAACUUCAAGCACAUCACUACCUCAGUGUCCCAGUGCUGCACCAUCACCAAGAUGCAAAAGAUUAAGGUGCGACUGCAUUGCGGAGCCAGCAGGCGUGAGUCUAUGGAGCUCUUCACAGCUAAGACCUGUCAGUGUGACAUGUGUCGUCUCUCCAGAUACUAGGGUGGGGGUGUGUGCAAGAAGAAACAUGCAAAUUGCUUCCUCUUUCCCAACUAGCAACCUUUUCUACAGCAGAGAGGGGCCAGCUGUCAGGUCUCCCCCCCCCCACCCCACCCAGCUUGAAAUAGCUGCUGAAUUCAAGUCCCUUAGA